GCCGCCACAUUCAACUCGGACUCCCACCGCUCACAAAUUAUUGAAAGCCAACCACAACAACAGUUGCUUGACACAAUAUUGACAUUAUCUUUUCGCGAUGGCAUUCAAGCGUCUCUCUAAACACUCCGCUUCUCCUCAGAAGAAAGAUGGCCGUCGAUUGCGCUCUCGUGUCCUCAAUCGACUUGGCAUUACAAGCAACAAGGCCAGAGUGAGCGAUGGAGGAAUCCCGCCAGCAAAGGUUUCGGAAGAACAAGCCAAGCCGGUAGCGUUGAAAAGCCCUACCAAGAAAGUGUCGCAUCGACGGGUCGUCAUUACCCAGUCCAACGUUCGAUGUGUUCCUCCCAACGAGCCUUCGUCACCAUGCCCUCGAACAUCGUGGGAAGUUGCUAUUGCUCAAGACGAGAAGUUUGCGACGCCUCCGCCAAUCCCCUCUCGGUCGAAGCCACCACCCUGCCCAACAGCCUACCCUCGUCUUCCUCAUACUUCCAUCAGCGUAUCAUAUUCCAUGCCGCUACAGGAAUUCCAAAGCUAUCCAGGCAUGCCAAAACCAAAAGAAGAAUCAAGCUCCCGAGUCUGUUUUGCAUCCUCAGUCCAAGUCAUGGAGAUUCCAUCUCACGUGCACUACAGCAAACAGGCUCGCGACGCCAUGUGGACCAGUCCCAAGGACAUUGACCGAUUGGCCAAACGCAAUGCGUAUGAAUAUUGGGCCGAUGGGAAACAAUGGGAAGACUGCAAGGAGGAAGACGAGAUGCUGGAGUGGAAUGGCAAGCUCUUGCAUCCAUUUACGUAUGAACGCAUGCAAAACAUGAUUGCGCAGACUCGAAUGGAGGCAGAGCACGAAAAGGAGGUACAAGAGCAUGCAAAGUCAUCUUUUAGCUUUCGUGAGAUGCUAUUUGGGCGCAGCCACAAGCAAGACGAAUGGUUGGUCGGAUGGCAAUCAUGUCCUUGACCACAUUUAAAAAAGAAAAAGCCGCUCAACAGUGGUCUAUUGUAUGUGCUAAAAAUAAAGAAAUAGAGCUUCAGUUGCUCCAC